CUACGCAGCACUUGUAUUUAAUCACGAGAAUCAGGAGGCUGUUCCUCAGUAUACUUCCUCUCCAAUUUUGCUUGGCUAGCAUAACCAAAAAUGGCUGAAGCCAAACAAUUAGCCAGCCUAGUGUUCGUUCCUUUGCCUGUUAUAAGUCACCUGGCAUCAGCAGUACAGAUGGCUAAGCUCCUCGUCGAACGAGACGAGCGCCUCUCGAUCACGAUCCUCAUUAUGAAGCUGCCAAUGGACGCCAAGACGAGUUCCUACAUCAAGAACCCGCCCCACUUCCGAGUAAACUUCGUGGAGCUGCCCCAAGCAGAGCCCGUCUCUACAGACAGUAGUAAAUCUCCCGAAAAUUUCGUGGCUCGAUUCGUAGAGAGUCAGAAGGACCUUGUCAGGGACGCUGUGGCUGAGAUAAUAAAGAGUUCGAGUUCGAGUAAGAUUGCUGGAUUCGUAAUCGACAUGAUGUGCCCAUCCAUUAUUGACGUCGCCGACGGGUUUGGCAUCCCGAGUUACUUUUUCGUCACUUUUGGUUCGGCAGUGCUGGGGCUGAUGCUCCAUCUCCAGAGUCUUAGAGAUUACCAUAAUGUGGACGUGACGGAGUACCAGAAUUUAGAUGUUGAGAUAUCUGUACCAACAUAUCUUAAACACGUUCCUACUUCUGUAUGGCCUUCUUCUGUCUUUGACAAGGAUGGUGAUCACCUUGAUUUUGUCAAAAGGUACAGAGAGGCCAAAGGAAUUAUUGUGAACACAUUUAUUGAGUUCGAAUCCCACCAAAUUAGGUCACUCUCCAACGAUGAGAAAGUCCCACCAAUUUACCCUUUGGGACCAAUGCUUCAACUCGGGGGAGGCCAAACUGAUCGAGAGAAGCCAAACCACGGGGAAAUCUUCGAGUGGCUCGACAGACAACCUGAUUCAUCUGUUGUGUUUCUUUGCUUUGGUAGCCAAGGAUGUCUCGAUGAGGAUCAGGUGAAGGAGAUUGCUGUGGCCCUGGAAAACAGUGGACACCGAUUUUUGUGGUCCCUAAGGAAGCCACCUCCGAAAGGUAAGAUUGACUUUCCGAAGGAGUAUGAGAAUCCUGAAGAAGUAUUACCAAAGGGGUUCCUAAAACGAACUUCAGAUAUAGGGAAAGUGAUUGGGUGGGCACCUCAAAUGGCAGUGUUAUCUCACCCUGCGGUAGGAGGAUUUGUGUCGCACUGUGGGUGGAACUCGAUAUUGGAAAGUGUGUGGUGCGGGGUACCGAUGGGCACGUGGCCGUUGACUGUAGAUCAACAGGCCAAUGCAUUCUUGCUGGUGAAGGAGUUUGAAAUGGCUGUUGAAAUUAAGAUGGACUAUAGGAAGGAGAGUGGUGUCAUUGUGGGUGCAGAGACAAUAGAGAAGGCAAUCAAGCUACUGAUGGAACCAGAGAAUGAGAUCCGAGUUAAGGUAAGAGCACUGAAAGAGAAGAGUAGAAUGGCCCUAAUGGAAGGAGAGUCCUCACAGAAUUACAUGAAACGUUUCAUUCAAGAUGUCAUGGAUAAUAUUUCUUCAAAUGCUACAGGUAUUACCUUAAAAAAUGGUUGUAAAUGAUUUGGAUUAAGUUGAGCAUAUCAUUAUUUAAGUUUGUUUGAAUUAUUAUCAAGUCUCAAAAUUUAAAUUUGAAUUUAGUUUGAUUGUCAAUGUAAUCGAGCUCAAAUGAGCAUUAAUUGGAUCAAACAUGAUUGAUUGAGCUCAAGCAA